UGAAAGGAAGUUGCACUCUCCGGGGCGGGCAGUCCUGGUGAUUUUUCUGUUGCAGAGACAGGCAGGCAGAAGAGAAAUCUCUUUUUCUAGCCUUUUCUGCAGGAAAGAGACAGGGACAUGCUGCCAGUCUGUCUGCUCACCCUGACCACACUGGUCUUCCUGAAGGGGUUCUGCAGCCCAGUGGAUCUGACCCUGGAAGGAGCAUGGAAGGGAUGGAAAGAAAUCCACGCCAAGGACUACCUUGAGGAGGAAGAAACUUUCCGUCGGAUGGUUUGGGAGAAGAAUUUGUGGAGAAUUGAACAGCACAAUUUGGAAGCAGCUCAGGGGAAACACAGCUUCCAGCUGGCUAUGAACCACUUGGGUGAUUUGACAGAUGAGGAGUUUAACCAAAUGUUGAAUGGUUUCCACCCCGAUCGGGCUGGACAGUACGAAAAGGGUGUUGCCUCAUUCCAAAAAUCAGCCACGAGGGAGACGCCCAAGCAGGUGGACUGGCGCACGAAGGGUUACGUCACUCCUGUAAAAGAUCAGGGACAUUGUGGGGCCUGUUGGGCCUUCAGCGCCACCGGAGCUCUGGAAGGUUUGCUCUUCAAGAAGACGGGCAAGCUGGUUUCCCUGAGUGAGCAGAACCUCAUGGAUUGCUCCUGGAAUCUGGGCAACGAGGGCUGUCAUGGAGGAUACAUCACCCAGGCCUUGGAGUAUGUUCGGGAAAACGGAGGCAUCAACUCGGAGCAUGACUAUCCUUAUCAGGAAAAGGAGGAGUCGAAAUGUCGCUACAACCCAGAAACCCGAGUGGCCAACUGUACGUCCUUUGUGCGGAUCCAGCCAGAGAGUGAGGGGGCCCUGGAGCAAGCUGUUGGAACGGUGGGACCGGUGUCCUUGGCUGUGGACGCUAGGAGUUACCAGUUCCAUUUCUAUAAGUCAGGUAUCUUUGCCCACAACUCGUGCAGCCACCAUGUCAGCCACGCCAUGCUGGCCGUGGGCUACGGCACCGCGCAGGAGGGUGGCAAGGCCAUAAAUUAUUGGAUCCUAAAGAACAGCUGGUCCGAGAAGUGGGGCGAGCAGGGCUACAUGCGACUGGUGAAAGGCGUUGAUAAUCACUGUGGGGUGGCUAAUCAAGCUUGUUACCCCAUCAUGUAACAGCCCCCUGCCUUCCCGCGGAUCCAGCAUCGUGUCUCCCCAGAUCUUCUUCACGUUGGAGCAUCAACCCUUCCGCCAAGCUGUUUCUUGCUGGCAUCGUUGCCCCAAAUGAGCUGGAAAGUUUAAAAAGCGAAACUUGCUUCUUCCUGGUUUCUGAUCCUACCCUUUUCCAUGGUUUGGAGAGUGCUAAACAGCUUCUUACGAUGAGUGGAAUACAGUGCGCCACUUUUAAUAAAUGUUCUUUCG